GUUAGAGUGUCAGUCUGUUCUCAUACACAGCAGAGGAAACAUGAGGCUGAGGGCCGCCGCGCUGCUGCUCGCUCUGUUCACACAGGCUUUUGGAUCUGAGGGUAAGUGAAAUAUUUAACAUCAUUAUUGAAAGUCAGAGGAGAAGCUAUAGGAAGCACGUAGAGGGGUAGGGGUUUUUUCUUGGUGUACUGUAUAGAAAUCUGAUUAAGAGUGUGUAUGUUUUCAUCUGCUGCUACAUCCGUGACAACUUUUGAAUGAACUUAUACAACAAGUCCUAUUAGAUAGACUUUAAAUCUGCAGAGGCUGACAUAAUAGACACUGACUACAACUGAAAUUAUAUAAUUAGUAUAUAUUUAGUCAAAAAUUAGGUAAAGAAAGUGGUAGAUUAAAGUCUUCAAAUGGUUUAUGUCAAAUUUGAAAAUAUAUAGAACAGCAAAUUAUUGUUCUAGUCGGUCUAUUUCAAAUGUCUGCAUAUUUUGCUUCAUAAAUGGCUCUAUGUUUAACAAAGUCAGUAUCAGUUUAUCAGUUCACUGUUAUUUCAGCAGUAAUCCCAGUUUUAAUGUAGCAUUAGCCGAUACAAUAACAGCUUAAAUAUACAAAGAGUACCUGGAGAAUUGACAGGAGAAUACUUGUACUAACAAGCCCGUCAAACCUCAUGGGAGCUUAAAUCAGAUUAAAUUCAAUUUAAGUCAUUUAUGAAAAGGAGGAAAUUCAUUAAGUCAGAGGAGCAAAGAAAACACAAGGAGUGCAAAUCAAACAUUGGAGAUAAUACAGUUUCUUGAAUUGUAUUUUCAGAGUCGUGUAUGGGUCGCUGUGAGAAUGGCUUCGACUCUCAGAGGAGCUGCCAGUGUGACUCCAUGUGCAAAUACUACAAGAGCUGCUGCUCUGACUUUGAGGUCACCUGCGGUAUGACAAGUAAGAAAAUGUUCUUUUUAAAAUCUUCCAUGCUAUGAGUUAAAUGGUGCAGAAAAAUACGGUAACAGGUCACUUUUUCCCCUUUAGCACGAGGGGACACGUUUGUAUUUGCAGAAGAUGAUGAUGAGGGCCCCACUCAAGCCCCUGAACUGUCAGCGUUCGACCAGUCUUCCUUUACUCGUCAGCGGGGGCAAACACAGAGACCAACGAAUCGACCCGUCUCUGACUUCAGACCACGUCAGCACCCAGAAACUGUUCUAGAAAUGACCAGACCCCCUCGACUCAGGGAUACCAUACUUGAGAGGAUCCCUGUCACAGAAGAACCACCGAUUUCACAGACUUCACAUGAGAUCCCAAACACAAACAAACCCCCUGAGACUGAAGCAGAGGCCGAGACGACCACUGUCCCUGUGACCACUGUCCCUGUGACCACUGUCCCUGUGACCAACGCCACCACUGCGGCCCCCGACCCAGACGCAGAGGUCUGCAGUGAGAGGCCUUUUGACUCCUUCAUGCAGAUGAAAAAUGGCUCCAUUUAUGCUUUUAGAGGUGAGUAACCAGCAACACAUCUUAUUCUGUUUGAGGAAAACCUGCUUUUGAACGCUUGUAUCUCUCUUAGGGGACUACUUUUUUGAACUGGACCAGAAAUCAGUGCUUCCUGGAUAUCCAAAGCUCAUAAAGGAUGUGUGGGGCAUCAGUGGGCCCAUUGAUGCUGCUUUCACCAGGAUGAACUGUCAAGGGAAGACUUAUAUCUUUAAGGUGGGGAUGUAGGAAAUGAUCAUGCAUUUAUUUGGGUAUUCACAGGAAUGUCUGUAUUAAUUUAAUUUAAACAUGGAGCUACACUCUUAUCAGGGAAACAAGUACUGGAGAUAUGAUGAUGGAGUUCUCGAUGAUGACUAUCCUCGAGAUAUCAGCGUGGGCUUUGAUAAAAUCCCUGAUCAUGUGGAUGCAGCGUUUGCUCUACCUGCUCCUGGCCAUAACGGGAAAGAGAAGGUCUACUUUUUCAAAGGUAUGAGCUGAGGUGAAACAACAUACUCAACAUUUAAGUUCUUACAGACUCUGUUAAAAACAUGCAUUUGUGUCUCUUUUCUGUGUUUUUUUUUAGGAGAUCAGUAUUACACAUACGAGUUUCUGCACCAGCCCUCUCACGAGGAGUGCAUCUCCAUGUCUUUGAGGUCUCCAGCCACACGGUUCAGGCACUACACCGAUGUUUACUACAACAAUUAUGAGCGUUUCUUCAGCCAGCUCUUCGGUGAAUGUGAGUUUUGCUUAAAUCACUUUGUUGAGACAGGAAGGUGUUGUAACAUGCGUGACUUAAUGUUUUCUACUCCUGUUUAGUGCCUCAGCAUCACGAUAAACACCACUUCAUCGACAAGGACUGGAAGGGCUUGAAAUCUCCGCUGGAUGCCGCCAUGGCUGGUAGAAUUUAUGUCUCUCCCUGGAGGCCCUCAAGAGGCAGAAACGAUUACCAGCAGCAGUACCAGCAGUACCAGCAGUACGGGCAGCAGUGGGACCAGCAGUACGGACAGCAGUGGGGUCGAAGGAGGCAGAGCCGUUCUCCAUUCUGGGGGUCCUUGGCAGAGCAGGGGAUGAACAUGGGUCAGGAGUUUGCAGAGAGGGGGAUGGAAAUGGGCCUGAGGUUGGCAGAGAAAAGGAUGGAGUUGGAGGAGAGGCUCGGAAGAGACUGGGACAGACGCUGGGAUCAAGACUGGGACAGACGCUGGGAUCAAGACUGGGACCAGGACAGGCGGCGAGACAGGCACAGACAGAACAACAGAGGAAACUACGACUCCAGAGGAGACAGGUCCCACUGGGAUAUGGUCCAGAGGAGUCUGCCCAUACAGAGCGUCUACUUCUUUAAAGAAGGUAACUCAGCAGAGAAGUCGAGUUUAAUUGUAAUCAUGAAAAAUGACUCAACAACAAACUUCAUCAUACAACUUUCACAAUGAAAGUCAUCACACAUUUCCUGUCUAGAUGCCCCAAAACAGAUAAUUACGACAUAAAUGUUUGUUUUAUAGUGAUUUAAAACUACAAAGAAAAGCAGAACCUCCAAUUUAGGACCAAGAAACCUGUGAACUCUUGAAGGUUUUGCUUGAUGAAUAAUUACGUCUUAAAAGUUAUUAAAUAAAGUUACCAAUCAAUUCAUCUUAAGUUUAAGUGCUUAUUAGAAUCAUAAAAAUAAACAGGAUGCCACAAACACAGACCUAACCAUAAUGGAAAACAGCUAACUUUUGAUAAAGAGCAGCAGAUCCCUCAUGAGACAGAAAUCUAAUCUAAUCUAAUCAAACUGAACCUUAUUAUCCAAAAGGAGGAAAGUCAUUUGACCUCAGGAGCAAAACUCAAAUCAAAAAACAAAAGCUAUGACUCCUCCUCUCCCGCAUUAUUCCCAUCCGGUAUGUUUGUCAGUCCACAUGUUGGUUCUGUUUACCUGCAUAAAUAUGAAUACCUCUCUCUCUCUCUCUCUCUGUUCCCAGAAUAAAAAAUAUUUCUACUUCCUUUUCUGGAUCUGAUGAAAUGAAACCUCAGUGAGAUGAGUUUCGCUGAGACAGAAACUCAAUAAUUUCAUCAGACUUUGGAGAGCUUUGUCUCGCCACAGCAGGCUUUCAAUAACCGCUUUCACAUGCUUUGUAUUAGUUAACACAGCAGGGGAAAAAAUGCAUUAAAUCACCGCAGUUUCCAGCCCAGCAUGUUUAUAGCCCCUAUUAAAAAGCCAGGCUAUGGACUUUGAAUAAACAAAGAUUUUGUUUUCUAUCUUUUCCAGAUAAAUACUGGAGAGUCGACCUCAGGAGCAAGAGAGUUGACCCCGCCAUGCCUCCAUACCCCAGAUCCAUUGCCAAGUACUGGCUCGGCUGCUCAAGCCCCCCGGGGGCAGAAAAGUAGUUUGAAUAUCUUAGAUAUUCUGAAAUAAUAUGACUGUUUGUGUAUAAAACAUGUUAUUCCUUCAACCUGGAACAAGCUGUGUUUGCAGAGGAAAAGUGUGUCAGACAAGUUCAGUGUAAUCAACAACCAGCUGCUCUUUAGCUUCAGCAAAUAUUGGAGAUCAAUGACCAAAGUUCAGCUGAGUGAUUCUCUGAACAGACAUUGAGCUGCGAACAUCCACUGACCUGCUUAUUAAAAACCACUUCAAAAAGGAGAAAAACUGGUGAAAGUAUUUUACAAUUCGAGUAUUUCAGUUUCAUACCUGUACCCCAAUACAGUUUAGAUUUGGCACUUUUUAUGUAAGUUCGUGUAUCUGAAACUUUUGUAAGUUAGCUGCAAUUUAAAGCACAUUUUACAUUUAAUCAAUUUAAAAAGCAUUUCUAAGUGUACAAAGUGUUAAGAGGCAAUGCAAGGACACCACCCUGCCCUGUGUCCAUACUUAAAAUUUUAUAUCUACAAGCAGUUUGUUUUAUAAUGUUUUGGUAUUUUUACUAAAGUAGCACUUGUGGUUUUUACAGAUUAAUAUUGCUAAUUUGACUUUAUUAGAUUAAAUAAAUCAUCCACCACAGACUGUACAGUUAGGUGAUGUGUUUUGGAGUCAAGUUUGUACAGGUGAUAUUUUUUAUUUAAUAAUAAAAUGUGAGCAUAUAUACAGUAAAUAGAAACGUACAAAGAAUUGAAUACAAAAUUCAGGUUUUCUGUACAGAACGGUCAAAACAACAUGAGGUACAGUUGAACAGAUGUUCAGAUGGACAACAUCUUAUACGUUACACAGAGACAAAAUAAAUGUAUCCUGAAUUUCUUAAUACAUUUCAAGGGUGCACUGUGUUCAGAUUCAGCCAUAGAUAAUGCAACAGCUUGUUCUGUCCUGUUCUUACUUUUGUUUUUCAUCAUGACAAAUAAAAACACAAAGUACAACAUCUGACUCCAGUCUGAUUCUCGUUAUUGAGUUAUGUCUAUUUCUGCUUAAACCAAGGUUGUCAUUUAGGAUUCUUGACAAGAUCAUAGUGAUAUUCAACACAUCGCUCUUGUCUCUUCUUGCUCAUGUCUGGGGUAAUUCCUGAGUGGGUGCAUUGGAGGUGAAAGGUCAGCCUCAACUCGGCCUCUUCACUUGUUUUUAAAGCAGUCAGGAGAUAUCAAUAUGUUUUUACUCCAUGGUUUUGACUUUUCAAAUCAUUUUCAUGUUUUAAUUUUCUCAAUACCAUUUGUGCAGGUGGUUUUAUGUCUGUAAGAUAAUGAACAUGUAGUUGUGUUUGGAUCAGACCAGCUGAUAAGUGUUUCUCUGAGGUUAUGAGUGUUUGAUGCAGACGUUUUCGUAGCAGGGUUCAUCGUUUCCUCUAACAACCGCUGCCUCGUUGGCGAUAACCUCGGUGAGGCUUGUAGCGUCACCCGCUGGUCCCACAGUCAGGUAGGUGCUCUCUGUGUUUCCUGAACAGGAGUCACUACCCUGCCUGGGGUCUCUGUCAGCCCUCUGAUCUGACCCUGAGUCAGCUGAGCCCACCUCUGGCACACUUUUCAGGAUAGAGGAUAGUGGUCUUCUUGGAGUGCCGCCCUCUGAGGACAGUGUGUCACUAGCACCGGCUGUGUCAGCGGGGUUGAGGGCAGCAUGCUUUCUCCUGAUUGGUUUACAUAUGCCCACCUCUCCUCCAGACGGGCCUCCUUGCUCCCACACACUCGCCCGAGCCCCCAGCUUCUUCCUCGGCGGUUUGACGAUCCCUUCUGGUGCCUUUGACCUGGACUUGCUGGACUCCUGCUCCCUCUGUCUCUGCAGGCUACCCAGGCGGCGCAACAUGGCCUGAACGGGGCCUUCAGAGCUGGAUUCUGUUUUCGACACCGGCCGUCCUGCUUUACCCACUGUCACGUACACUGUGGUGACCUUAUUAGAGACCCCUGCCUGAGCAUCUGGAGUAGACGCUCCUUUGUGAGCAGCCGUGUUGGACAAAGUCCGUCUCCGUCCUGAUGCUCCAGGUACCUGCAGGGUGGACCGAGAUGAGGCUCUGUCUACUUCCUGGUCUCCUCCCUCAUAGCUUGAUUCCUGAUUCUCUGGCUCAUUCACAUCAGCUUCAUCCUCCUUCUCCUCUCCCUCAGCUUCUUCUUCCUCCUCACCUCUAGCUGCACCCCCCUGACUCUGGAGGGCGGACAGCAUCAAAACCCCCCAUGGUGACUUGGGUUUGUUGCGUUGGAAACCAGAAAGAGCACCUGGGUCUUGGGCCGAGCCGCGUCUCUCCUUGGGGCUGAAACGGGUGCCCUCAGCAAACGAGACAGAAGGCCGCUUGGCUUUGGCGAUGCUCGAGGUGCGAGGGAUGUUGAAUGGGGAGGUGAUGUCCUCACUGCUGAAGCCAGAAGGGUCCAAGAACAUGUUGCACUUUGAGCUCAUCUCCUGAAAUUCUCCACCUGCCACUGCAGGGAUGUCUGCAAGAGAGAGAC